AUGGCGUUGGCGUGGGUGCUAGCAUCUGUGUUUCUCAUGCGCAUGGUGGCUCGGAUUAGCCUCAGAGUCUGCGGUGCGCGCGCAAGUGCCAAUGUCGUCGGGGCAGCAGCAGCAGCAGCAACAUCAGUGAGGCCAGUGUUCAUCUGGGCUCUCCGUGUCACAGUGCUAACCCCCCGCACGGCAGUACUGACCCCCGCACUACACUGCAUUCUUUCCAUUCCCCUCGCUCCCUGCACUCGCCAACCUUAUCGAGCUGCAACCCUUCCUGGUGACCUUGUCUCUUCCCGCACUGAUCUUCUCAGCCUUGACACGCAUGCUUACCCCGCUUCUCCGCAGGAUGCGCCUCUACGUUGCCGGUACCGAUGCACUCGCCAGCGGCUGCGUUUGUGCGCGUGGCGUGCUACCAGAUGUGCUCGUGUUCGACAGCACGGUGCCGCAGCCCGACGCACCCCCCAAAAUGUACUCCUCGAAUUCGAGGCCACGCGCGGACGCACCGCUCCCACCACCGCAAUAGAUUCUUGUGUCAAGGUGCUGGUUGUCCCAUCCCUGAUGCGCGCCGUGGCUGCUUGCAUAUGCGGGGGAAGGUCUAGCCGGGAUUCGCACCUCUCGCCUCUUCAAUACCCAGGUAUAUUCACGGUAUAUUCAAGACAUUACCUUGAAUCAACCGUGAAUAUCCCCGGAGGGGAGGUGGAUAUCCCCUGGGGAUUAUUAGGGACGAUGUGCGGUGUAUGGCGUUGCAAUGUUGUCGCGAAGGCUGUGCGUCACCCACGCAAUCAAUCUACUCCUCAUCGUUCUUUCUCACGUCCUGGCUCAGACGAUGUGAUAUGGAUAUGGUGGUACGACAGACAAGGUGCGAUCCAGACGGAAGGCAUCAACUUCGUCCAGGACCUUCCGCGCUUCUUGAUUCUGCUCUUCGCGCUCCAGCGGUUCGAGCUGGACAACUGGCAAUUCAACAUCUCGCUAGACCAGUGGCCUCAUGCCAUCCAUUCCUCUGAUCCAGCUUCCAGAGGCGUUGAUAUUGACUCCACCAGGUAUAUCAAGCUCAUGGCACUCCGAGCUUCAGGCGAGUUGGUGCAUCAGGCGUAUGGCCUGGCUGGGCGAGGCACGUCUGUGUUCUGUGGCACUGCGACUCUGGCGGCCUCUGAGCGCUCUGGCAAGGUUGAGCCUGCUGGCAACAGCCCUGUGGCUGGCGGUGCGACUGCGGCGUCUAAACCCUCCACGGAGCUGCGAGAGGUAACAGCGAAGAUUUAUUGGCAGGAGGAAUCGCGUUCAUACCAAGCCGAGGGUCCCAGGGAAGCAUCCACGAUGGGGUUUAAGAUGGAUGCCUUGGGUCAUCAUCUGGAUCCGCUUUUCGCGUGCGACGUUUCCGAAUGUCCAACAUGGUUUAUUCGGAAAAAGCUCGGUCUUGAACGAGCUGAAGACCGGCGUCCCUCUCGUUUCCUCCGGCUGGCCGUGUUCUUCCGCCCGAGGUGUAUCACCACGUUGGUCGGCGCAGCGUUCAUGAAAGUGUGGCUUGAUUGCAUUCGCAGGUCAGCUUGGUCUGGUUCGGCGUCGACGGCCGCCGACGCGGAGGGUCCAGGCCGCUAUGUGCUUUGGGAGCUGGGCAUCGAGGAUAUCAAGCCCAGAUUGUCGAUUCUCAUGGCCGGCGAGGGUGACCGCGGGUUCUUGAUCGACUGGGAGCUGGCAACGAUGUUCGGGCAGUCAAGUCACGACGGGACCUCCCACCUUGAGACCGUGCCCUUCACGGCCCUAGACUUACUCGAUGAGGAAUAUUGUGCCGGCAAGAUCAAGCGCCAGUAUCACCACGGCCUCGAAGGCUUCCUCGACUUGAUCGAGCAUCCACCAAUUCGCAAUCUGUGGACCACAGGAGACUACUCAUCCUCCAGAGCAUCCAAGCGUGAUUUCUUGGCAAUGCUCCAGAGAGCACCGCUGGAGGCACCCUGGGCAAUUCCUACACCGAGGGAGAAAAGAGGUGUCUUCUGUAAGGAGCAGGCAGAGGCAGAUCCGAAAACGACGGUACUUGUGCUGAGGGAUAUUUAUGCAGACUUUUGGGCUACAAUCAAAGGGAUGCAGAUGUUGUCUUUAGGGGUCUGCUCAGUCUCAAAUUGA